CACACUUAUACAUCUAUUUCUUUGUUUUGCUUUCCUUUCCUUCUCCUUUCUUCCUCUCUUUCUUUCUAAUGUCUUUUCUUGCUACGCAAUCUGUAUUCAACAGGUUUUUAAACUCCCCUGCAGGACCAAAAACAAUUCAUUUUUGGGCACCUACGUUUAAAUGGGGUAUUGUUAUUGCAGGAUUAGGCGAUUUAAAAAAACCAGCAGAUCAAUUAAGUAUUUCUCAAAAUCUAUCUUUAUGUGUUACUGGGUUGAUCUGGACUAGAUAUGGAUUUGUAAUUACACCCGUCAACCGUUUGGUUUCCUUGGUGAAUUUCUCUGUCUUUUUAAUAGGCACUACCCAGGUCUGCCGUAUAUUAAAUCAUCGUCAAACAGUUAAGGAGCCUAUUCCCAUGCCUGAAAAAGUCUUACUGUAAAACGCUUUUGUUCAUGCCGAUUAAAAUACACACGCGUGUGAUCGUGGGAAAAAAAUAUAUAAUAAAGGUGCCUUUUCUAAUCUUAUUGUUUCAAAGACAAAAGAUUUCCUUAAUUCAAAGUGGUGUAUUGAACAAAUGAAUCAUCGCGAAAUUACUCUCCAGUUCGUCGGUUACAGGUGAAUCCUCCUAUAUUUACCCCCAUUAUUUUGCAAGCAAGUCUCUGUAAAUUGGAGAGAAUUUUAGUAUGCUCGUCCAUUAUGUUAAAUUAUCAGUGUGUUUUUUUGUGGAGGGAUGAUUCAUGCGAACCGAAUAUCAAAGCCAUUAAGUAAGUAUGUUCUGAUUGUACAGUCUCAACAUCUGAGGCGAUCAUUUUGUAUGAAUCAAUUAUUACACUAUCAUACAUGUUGUAUGUCAAAUUUUCUAGAGGCGAAAAAAAAGACAGCAUUCCAGAACAGCUCAAAAGUUGCCAUUGUCAGCACCAAACAUCUCCGGAAUAAGU